CCCUCCUCUUCCUCCUAUAAAAAAAAAACCCCAUCAACCCCAACCCUUCUCAAUCCAAGAACAAAGCAAACAUCAAACGCAGGCAUUCCAUCAGCUCUCUCUCUCUCUCUGUCAAACUUUUUUGUUAAUAACGUUUGUAAAUCUCCCAAUGAGGGCUUCUAAGGUCUCGGCUCUUCUUCUUCUUCUUCUUCUGGGCCUGGUGGCUCUUCCAACGAAGGGCCUGAUGCCCUACUCUCGGAGCCUUUGGGACAUGAUGUUGCCUAGCGAUGAUCCUUUCCGAAUCCUGGAGCAGGCUCCCUUCACCAUGCCCAAGGCCGUGGACGAACUCGCCCUCGCACGUGCCGACUGGAAGGAGACUCCCCAGGCUCACGUGAUCUCUCUCGAUGUUCCAGGGGUAAAGAGGGAGGAUAUCAAGAUCGAGGUAGAGGAGAACCGGGUGCUAAGGAUCACCGGAGAAAGGAAGGGCGGGGAGGAGGUGGAGGGUGAGAAAUGGCAUAGAGCCGAGAGGACCUCCGGCAAGUUCUGGAGGCAGUUCAGGCUUCCGGCGAGCGCGGACAUGGACUCCAUUAAAGCUCACUUGGAGGAUGGAGUGUUGACGGUGGCUGUUCCCAAGCUGGCUGGGGAGAAGAAGAGGCAGCCGAGGGUGGUGAACAUUGUAGAAGAGACCAACAAGGGUGGAGACGUCAAGGCAUCAAAGGCAGAAAUGUAAUUAUAAUUUGAGAAUUUCCCACGUAUAUGUUCUUCUUAUGUUUGUUCUCUCACUACUUGUAUGGAUUUGUGGGUCUGUUUGUUGGCUCCGUAUGUGGUUUGAACUUGUUUCUUUUGCUGAAAUAAAAUGGCGUAUUAAGUUUGGGCUUCUUUUGGUCACUGUA